GGAGUGGCUACUUGGCAUGACAUCAAAUCAAAUCACAUGAGCAAGCUCCUGAUAAUGGCGGCCUCGGGACGGUCGGAGUCGAUGGUGGAGAGCAGCUCCGACAGCCGGUCGCUCAAAUCUUCCACUUCUCUUCUCUUCUCUUCCUUUCUUUUUCUUUACUUUCAGUUUUCCGUUAUUAUGUCGUCUAGCUUAGCUUCCUUCUCCGUCGGGGGCGCGAGAGCAGUGCCGCUCAAAUCCUCUUUUAUCAUUCCUCUUUUGGGGUAAGGACAUUGCUUCUUGUCAUCGGCGUUGAAUGAAUCUACCUUGUUGGUUUCUUCUGUACUAACUGCCAGCAUGGUUUGAGAAGGGAAUUAGGGAAGAGAUCAGGAACAACACUCUGUUCUUGUGCCGCCAUCUGAACCGGCGGGGACGCCACCACUCAAUCAACACUAAAACCUAUAUUUCUUCCCUCGUUGCCUUUGCUUUCUCGAACAUGAUCAUUCCCUUGCGUAUCCGGAUAGAAGAACACAACACAGCAACAUAAUUCCGUAACACAAGGGACAAAUCCAUUUUAUUUUAAUAUUCCAUUCUCCAAUAUUUGUUCGAACCAAUUUCGGGAAGGCUUCAUCAAUGUGUUUUGUGAAUUUCGAUAGGAUUUUGCUCUCCGCUGCUCUUCAACCUGUCGUCUCAAGCUUCGGCUUCUUGUGCAAUCGAUCAAUCAACAUGCAGCAUUUAAUGUCGCUGAAACUCACGAGGAAGAAGGCGGCGUUCGGUCAGGGGAGAAGAAGAAUCCAGAUCCAGCAGUAGCGUGAAGGAGACGAGGGUGAAUGGGCUAAAUAUAUUUUAAUUAAAUUAGAUUUUAGAUAAGUUUACUCUUAUACCCUUAAUGAAUCUUGUUGUUAGUACAACAAUACUUAAGGUGUUGUUAUACUAUCCGGGCACCGAGUAAUCACUGCCUUCCACUGACCACUAGUCCACUACUAUCCUAGCAGUAGCCUCAGAUAACCCCAAUUUACUACCUGGGUCCUGGCCUGGGCUGUUCGAGGGUUUACCUCUGUCUCUCUCUCCUCCCCCCGCAGCCCUUGGAGCUUGGCCAACAAGAUUCAUCAAUCUCUUCCUCUCUCUCUCUCUCUCUCUCUCUCUCUCUCUCUCAGUUUCACUCCCCCUUCCUUGCAACUGAGCAUCAACCGCACUGCACCUCGCCGGAGAGAGGAUAGUGAGAUUCCAAAGAGCCCUAAUGGUUCGUUCUCGUGGUGCUUACCUCCUCGUCGGUUCCCUUGCUCGGCGCUCUUCUUUGCUCCGCUCGCACUCUCCUAAUCAUGAUGUUUAUAGAACUUUGCUCAAUUGGAGAUGUUAUAGGCGAUUAAUAACUACAACUCGAGGUUGCAAUCAAGCUGGGGUCACCGGCAAUUCGUUCCCCCAAAACGUUGACACCAAAAAUUGGUUGCCUUUCGGAGCUUUGAAACCAAAUGGGGUGAGGUUAAUUCAUGGCACAGCUCACACCUCAAAAGAUUACUAUGACAUACUUGGUAUCAGCAAGAAUGCGACUCAAUCCGAUAUUAAGAAGUCAUACUAUCAGCUCGCAAAGAAAUUCCAUCCAGAUAGUAACAAAGAUGAUCCUGAAGCUCAAAAGAAGUUCCAAGAAGUUUCUAAGGCGUAUGAGGUUUUAAAAGAUGAAGAAAAGCGUUCCCAAUAUGAUCAGCUUGGACAUGAGGCCUUCGAACAUCAAGGUGACAAUGGUUUCCAUCCUGGUGGUGGGGCGGGAUUUGAACAUCCGUUUGGGGAAUUUUUCAGAAUGAAUGAUAUAUUCGGCAGCAUGUUUAACCAGCAGCGGCUUGGUGGGGAAGACGUCAAGGUGGCUCUUGAGCUAUCCUUCAUUGAAGCUGUUCAGGGAUGCACAAAAAAUAUCACAUUUCAAACUGAUGUUCCUUGUGAAACGUGCCAUGGUGAAGGAGUACCUCCUGGUGUAAAACCUCAAAUCUGUAAGCGAUGUAAAGGAACUGGCACGGAGUUCACACAAACAGGGUUUUUCAGUGUUCAGCGUUCAUGCAAUCAAUGUGGUGGAGCUGGCCAAACUGUAUCGAGCUUUUGCAAGUCAUGUCAAGGACGGAAGGUAAAAAGAGGGUCAAAGUCAAUCAAAUUGGAUAUAGUACCAGGAGUUGAUGAUAAUGAAACAAUCAAGGUUCCUAGGAGUGGUGGAGCAGACCCUGACCGAAACCAACCUGGCGAUCUCCUUAUCAACAUAAAGGUCCGUGAAGAUCCGGUUUUCCGCAGAGAGGGUGCUAACAUACAUGUGGAUGCUGUUUUGAGUAUUACUCAGGCAAUUUUAGGGGGAACAAUCCAGGUCCCAACACUCACUGGAGAUGUCGUUGUUAAGGUCCGUCCUGGCACUCAGCCUGGUCAAAAAGUGGUGCUGAAGAAAAAAGGAAUUAAAACACGUCGGUCCUAUUCGUUUGGGGAUCAGUUUGUGCACUUCAAUGUCAGCAUCCCAACGAGUGUUACACCAAGGCAACGUGAGCUGCUGGAGGAGUUCGCCAAGGAAGAACAACAAGGAGAAGAAGGUGACAAGAAUCCUGCUGCGGCUGCUGGGGCAUCUAACUAAACACUACCUAGAAGCUGCUGAUGGGCUCCCCAAAGUUUUGCAGAAGCACGAGUUUGUAUACGUUCUAUUGAUCUCUAUGUUGGUCGUAUUACCAUGAAUGACUCUUUGCUAGGCUAGCUAUCAUGUCGUUCUUCUGAAGUCCAGGCAGAUAAUUUAGAAAGCAUCGUCUUUUCGUGCAAACGACCAUUUUGUACAUGCCGUAAAUCUCAAACUGCUGCUGCUGCUGCUAAAGUGUUUGGAGCAAAAAAGAAUUAUGUAAUGAUUCAGACAGUUCGAUUCAGCAUCACUUGUCUUUCUUCAUUUUCUUAAUCAUGUAGCUCAGUCAUUGGGUUUAGUUUCUGAACGGUGUGUAAUUAAAUAUUGCUAAGGGU